UUAACAGGCAACCAUGUUGCCCAAUAGGUUUUCUGUGCCUUUGGGUGCGGACCAAUGAGGCGUGUGGGGAGAGACUUCCGCUUCGCCUCGGUGUUGUCGUCCCUGCACCUACUCCGGGCUGUGGGAGUCGGUGCGGAUAUUCAGUCAUGAAGUCGGGGUAGGGACUUCUCCCGCAGCGACGCGGCUGGCGAGACUGUUUGUGUUGCGGGGGCCGGACUUCAAGGUAAGACCCUGUCCGGCUUCGCGGCAGCCGGGCAGCGGGUUAUCGAGCGGCCUAGAGAACAUACCCCGCUUGUUGGCCCUCGAGCUCGGAGUCGGCCCUGCUGCUGAGGUCUUUGCUGCUCCUCUAGAGCUGGGCGAGAAGUGAAUUAGGCUUUUUGCAAAAGGAAUAAAAUAGCCUUGCCCUCGGGGGACCGAGUCUCCCCUGCACUCUCGUUCCGCGAGUUUGUGUGUGUCCAAAGUUGAGUUACUGGUUUUGCUUCUUUCAUUCCCUUGAGGCUGCAAGAGCCUGCCUGGAAAACAUGUUUGGAACGCUUUUCUUGGUCAAGCACCUGCCGCAACGUCCUCCGGCAAAUCGCUUGACUUUAAUUGAGGGGGCUGUUUUGUCUUUGAAUAGAAGGAGGGCAGUCACUUCCUCUCUUUUACCCCCACCCCCUUUUUCUUUCCCUGGAAGCUCAGAUUGCAGGUUUGGGACUUAACCCCUGCUAAGGCCAGAUACUACGGUCAGUCAGCAGCUCUGCCUGUAUGCUUGACUUGACUUGACUUGCACUUAUUAAAGAACUUUGUCCCAGAGAGAAAGAGAGUGGGCAGACAUCGAAGCCAAACAGUAGUAUCCCGGAAGCACUCAUGCAACUUUGGUGGCAGCCACUCAGUUUUCUCUGCCAGUGUCUGGUAAAUUCCUCUAUUUUGUCCUAAUCUGACAAUAGUAAAUAGUAAAUUUCCAAAACUGUCGUUUCAUCGUCAGUUUCAGAACCGUGGGCAGCUGCUUGGGUCCUCUCUUGUUGCCCCAAUCCUGCCCAGCUAUUACUGUUCGUCAGUGAUGCAGCAGGAACAGUGAAAACUGAUGCAUUCCUUUCAACAAUGAUGUGUUGUUCUCCAAGGAGAACAUCUGCAGUUUUUGAUACAAUAUAAAUAAGUAAGGUGGCUGUGCCUUCAAAGAGUUCUUGUGGAGAAACAGAUCAAUUCAAGAUUUAAGUUAGGGCUUUCAAGGGUUUAUUCUAUUUAAGCACAGUUUUUUAAUGGGUGGACAUUAGCUCCAUCUCGAAGUAACAAAACUAGACAGUGGUAGCAAUUAAAAAGAACUUUAAACAGGAGGUAAGAAGUGUAGUGCAGUGCUGUAGUGCAGGGCCCAUAAGGAUUCAUUAAUAGAUUUUAGAAUCAAUUUAGUACAUUGACAUAAGCAUUAAAAAGAAAGAAAAAAAUACCAGAGGACAUUGUAUGGAAUAAAAGUAAAUAUUAUGGCAAGAAGCUUUUGUUUCGGUUUUUAACAAUAUGUGUGUGUCAAGAGGAAGAUGGAAAUGUAACGUGUGUUAUGGAUUAUGGCAAAAACAAAUGUUUCAAAAUACUAGAUUCCAAAUUUGGGAGUCAAGCUGGGUUCAGCUCUGCCAUUUACUAAUUCUGUGACUUUUUCCGUAAAUAAGAAAUGAGUUGUUAUGAGGAUUAAAUGAAACAAAAUUUGUCUAUUACAUACAUUUUUGUUUUGUUUUGUUGGAAACCGUUGGAGAGAAGCACAGUUAUUUUUCUCUAUGUAGGGAAUGAGAACUGUUUUGUUAGUUUUUUUUUUUUUAACCUCUGCCUUUGUUUGAAGCUAGGCAGCUUUACAUCUUGUCUGUAUGUGUAAUGCAAAUCAUAGACAAAAUCUUGGUUUGAGAGGUAUAAUACUGAAGGGUUUGGCAUAAGUUCUCAUCUAUGCUUGUAUAAAGCUAAUUUUCUCAAUAAUUUUAGAGGGGCAUAAAUUGUUGCUAGCAUUCAGCUUUCUUCCCUUAAUAUUUUUCUGCAUCCCAGAAUAACGUAGAUUUAUCAGAACUUUUACAGGCACUAACUUUAGCUAAGUGAGGGUAGGACUGAGGGUAUGACUAAAGGGAUAGAUUUAUGUCUUUGAGUUAAGUUGGCUAGGAAGGCAUUUUAUGCCUUAUAGUUCUUGCCAUAAGAGGUGUAUGAAAUGAAAUAGUUUGGUCAACUGUCAUGGUAUGUUUUGCUUACUUCAUGUAGGUGUGACCUAAAAAUGGUUGGCAUUUAAAUAACAAUAUUUUUAAAUCUGGGAAUUAAUGAUGUUUAGCAGGAGGCAAAUGAGUUUCAGUCAAAAUUUAAUGUUUUGCACCAUUUGUCAUGUUUACCAUAUGGCAUUGCAUAUGAUAGUUUCAGAUGACAUAAAAAGGGGAAGAAAGUUGGUAAGCAUUGUUACUUUUCCCAAAAGAGGAAACAAAAUUAGAAGCAAAUUCCUUUUAAUAAAGCGUACUGGUGAGUCAUUGUUUAAAAAUGUAGGUAUUCUAUAGAUAUCUAUUGAGCAUAUAUAAAAGUAAAAUAUUAAACUUUUAUGAAUCUUUUACAUUACACAAAAGUUGAUUUGGGAACAACACAGCAUAUGAUUGGUAUUGUCAAAGUUUAUAUAGCAUAGUAUAUCAAUAACAACAAAACAGUAAUGUAGCUAAUAUUGAUUGGUUACUAUGAGCCAAAUACAAUUCUAAGUGCUUUAUAAUAUCUCAGGUGGUUCUUACAGUCAUUGAUGUGGUAGAUAGUAAAUUGUUUCCUUUUUGUUUUUAUUUUUUUUGGGACAGGGUCUUGCUCUGUUGCCCAGGCUGGAGCGAUUGUGGCUCACUGCACCCUCAAGGGAUCCUCCUAUCUUAGCCCGGCAAGUAGCUGGGGCUACAGUCAUACACCCCCAUGCCUGGCUAAUUAAAUUUUUUUUUUUUUUUUUUUGUAGAGACAAGGUCUCGUUAUGUUGCUCAGUCUGGUAUGAAACUCCAGGGUUCAAGUCAUCCACCUGCUUCAGCCUUCCAAAGUGCUGGGAUUACAGGUGAUUUUACAACGAGAUGCUGCUCUCCAUAGGGAUGCUCAUGCUGUCAGCCACACAAGUCUAUACCAUCUUGACUGUCCAGCUCUUUGCAUUCUUAAACCUACUGCCUGUAGAAGCAGACAUUUUAGCAUAUAACUUUGAAAAUGCAUCUCAGACAUUUGAUGACCUCCCUGCAAGAUUUGGUUAUAGACUUCCAGCUGAAGGUUUAAAGGGUUUUUUGAUUAACUCAAAACCAGAGAAUGCCUGUGAACCCAUAGUGCCUCCACCAGUAAAAGACAAUUCAUCUGGCACUUUCAUUGUGUUAAUUAGAAGACUUGAUUGUAAUUUUGAUAUAAAGGUUUUAAAUGCACAGAGAGCAGGAUACAAGGCAGCCAUAGUUCACAAUGUUGAUUCUGAUGACCUCAUUAGCAUGGGAUCCAACGACAUUGAGGUACUAAAGAAAAUUGACAUUCCAUCUGUCUUUAUUGGUGAAUCAUCAGCUAAUUCUCUGAAAGAUGAAUUCACAUAUGAAAAAGGGGGCCACCUUAUCUUAGUUCCAGAAUUUAGUCUUCCUUUGGAAUACUACCUAAUUCCCUUCCUUAUUAUAGUGGGCAUCUGUCUCAUCUUGAUAGUCAUUUUCAUGAUCACAAAAUUUGUCCAGGAUAGACAUAGAGCUAGAAGAAACAGACUUCGUAAAGAUCAACUUAAGAAACUUCCUGUACAUAAAUUCAAGAAAGGAGAUGAGUAUGAUGUAUGUGCCAUUUGUUUGGAUGAGUAUGAAGAUGGAGACAAACUCAGAAUCCUUCCCUGUUCCCAUGCUUAUCACUGCAAGUGUGUAGACCCUUGGCUAACUAAAACCAAAAAAACCUGUCCAGUGUGCAAGCAAAAAGUUGUUCCUUCUCAAGGCGAUUCAGACUCUGACACAGAUAGUAGUCAAGAAGAAAAUGAAGUGACAGAACAUACCCCUUUACUUAGACCUUUAGCUUCUGUCAGUGCCCAGUCAUUUGGGGCUUUAUCAGAAUCCCGCUCACAUCAGAACAUGACAGAAUCUUCAGACUAUGAGGAAGACGACAAUGAAGAUACUGACAGUAGUGAUGCAGAAAAUGAAAUUAAUGAACAUGAUGUCGUGGUCCAGUUGCAGCCUAAUGGUGAACGAGAUUACAACAUAGCAAAUACUGUUUGACUUUCAGAAGAUGAUUGGUUUAUUUCCCUUUAAAAUGUUUAGGUAUAUACUGUAAUUUGAUUUUUUGCUCCCUUCAAAGAUUUCUGUAGAAAUAACUUAUUUUUUAGUAUUCUACAGUUUAAUCAAAUUACUGAAACGGGACUUUUGAUCUGGUAUUUAUCUGCAAGAGUAUACUUCAUUCACUAAUAAUAGACUGGUGCUGUAACUCAAGCAUCAAUUCAGCUCUUCUUUUGGAAUGAAAGUAUAGCCAAAACAUACAAAAAAAAAAAAAAAAAAAUCCUCAGUAUAGCUUGCAAUUAAGACCUAGACCACAGUAUUUAAGUGUUUUGCGUUUUAUACAUGAGGUCAGUGCUACAGCCACCUAGCAUGAACUAACCCAGCCUCCACCUCCAUAAAGUUACCUAGAGUUGUUCAGUUGGAAUAUGUUCUGGCAUUUACUCAACCUGCCAAUCAUUAGGGAGAGGCAACAAGGUAAUUCAGCCUUUCCUCCUAUCAGCACAAAGAAACUCAAAGCUGUUUUUUCCCUUUUCUGUUCCAAAGCAGUCUUAUCCUGACAGGAGCGGUCGAUACUAGUGCAGAUUUCAACACUUUUUUUUAACGUUUUAAUUACUAUAGUGUUAUGUAGAGAUUUGAUUGAGCAGCUAAUGUUUCUGAACUUUACUAAUUUUCAGUGUCCUUAAGGGUUCUGUGGUGUUGUUAUCAAAGCAAAAAGAAAAUGCUGCAUAAAAAUACCAAACUUCAGCAACUGUUAAUACUCAGAUCAUAUACCUCUUAAUAAACGGCAUCUUAUGCUAAUUAGCCCUGCUAAACUAUGUACAGAGGAAACUGUUCAAGUAUUGGAUUUGAAAGUAAGUGACUUAUGUUUAACAGAACUAAUGAUGUAUUGAAACACUGUAUUAUGAAAAGCUAAAUUAUACAUCAUUGUAACUAUGUAGAAAAUGUAGACUAAUGUAUAAUCAAAAUGCUAAGGAUUUUUAUAUGGCCUUGUAUGAGAGGAGUUUGAAUGUUAAUAAACAUGUUUUCCACUUUAA